UAGGGCCAACAGCUCUUCGUCGUUUCAACGCAGUUGGUGCUGCCUCAAGAGAAUCUAGGGGUAGAGAGAGCAGAAGAUUGCUUCCAACUUCUGUACCAGCCGACCUAAGCCCAUGUAGUCCUAGGUGCAUGAUUGGCAAAUUAUGGCACUUGUCGAAGAAGGUCAGACAUGAUUUUUGUUCCUGCCCCCACCCUUUGCAGCACAUAGCGUCCUUAGGUACCGCCUUUUAACAGUGGUCUACGAUCACCCACUCCCUCCCUCGGAGAAAGAAGGCUAGACAUACUUCCGAUGAAAAGCGUUUGGGCUGCUAGCGUUCCAUCCCUGUUUCUUCUUGCCUUCUCUCUCUUUCUCGAGGCUUCACUUCGGAAAAGGAGGGAAGAUAAAAAUGCAUGAGAUUCCAAAAUGUGAAAGCUGACGCAGAAUGCAUGUUGGGAACAGGAGGAGAAUUUCAUAUUUGCAUGGUUGUCUUAAGAUCGCGACUGGAGAGCCGUGUAAUAUUAUAGUUUACGGGAUCUUAACCGAUAAUUCCUGGAAGCCAGCCAUGCCGGGUGGUCACACGACCGCCAUGGGUUACUGGUUCAACUGGAGGGUCUUGCUCUGUGCGAUCUGGGUCUUGGCAUCUUCGUGUUUUGCAUUGAUGCUUGUGAGGAAGUCUGAAGCUUUUUGCAGUCGAAGUAGUGGCAACGGCGGCCGAGAAACCAUGCGAGAGGCUGCGGGUGUUUUGUAUAUUGAUGAGACCUGGACUCCAUGUCUCAAAGGAGUCCACCCUGCUUGGCUUCUGGCUUUCAGAGUCACUGCCUUCUUCUUGCUCUUAGGAAUGUUAUGUCUGACGGCUUUCAUGGAUGGCGCAAGCAUAUACUACUAUUACACUCAGUGGACUUCUACGUUAGUCACCGUCUAUUUCGGGCUUGGUUCGUUGCUCUCUGCAUAUGGAUGUUACAGGUAUGGCGACAAAUUAAGUGAAUUUGACAACGCGGAGAUAGAUUCAGAGAAAGCAAAUUUUGCGGCCCCAAGACUGAGGGAUUCUUCUGGCAUGGCUAACACCAACAAAAGCUCUGCUCCACCUAGUGAAGCUGUUCGCGAAACUGCAGGCAUUUUUGGCUAUUCCUUUCAAAUAAUUUUCCAGAUGAAUGCCGGGGCAGUUGUGCUUACAGAUAGCAUCUUCUGGUUCAUAAUUGUUCCGUUUCUUGCCGUAAACAACUAUAGACUGAGAUUUUUGGACAUAAACAUGCAUACCAUCAACGUUGUUUUACUUCUUGGAGAUACAGCUUUGAAUUGCUUACGGUUUCCUCUCUUUCGGAUCGCGUACUUCUUCUUGUGGACGACCAUUUACGUAAUUUUCCAGUGGGUUGUCCAUGCUUGCUUCACCAUCUGGUGGCCGUAUCCAUUUCUUGACUUGUCAUCUCCAUAUGCUCCUCUAUGGUACUUCUCCGUGGCACUAAUGCACUUCCCAUGCUAUGGCGUUUUCGCUUUGGUGGUGAAGCUGAAACACAGCCUGUUGAAAAGAUGGUUCCCUCAGUCGUAUCAAUGUUCGAGGUGACAUGGAUGAAUCGUUGUACGCGAGGCAAACCUAUUUCAGUCUAUCCAGAGUUUAGUGGCGCGGGAGACUACAGCGACAAUUUCUUUCGAGAUGGUACAUAGGUGAUAGCAGAAUUACUCAGUACAUGCAGUUUUGGCAGUAGAAAAUAAGCAGGAAAAAUUUGUUCAACAUAGCUUUCUUUAUCCCGAGAACAUGUCACAGCCACAGGUCUAGAAUUUGCAGGUGUCUGAAAGAAUUCAAAAGAAAGAAUUGUUUUUUUCUUUCUCCUCCUGUGCAUACACUCAUCUCUUGUUUUCGUGCAAUGUUCAUCCUGUCUCUACUUCAUUGUAACAGGCACGAGCAUAUAAGGUAAAUAACAUGUGCCGGACACCAUUUUAAUUCCUA